AUGAAGGGCGAAGACUAUGAAAACCAAGAAGAAGAAGAAGAAGAAGAAGGAGGAGGACUAGAUGAAGGUGAGGAAGAAAAUGAGGAAGAAGGCUUCGAUGCCGGAGGACUGUACGCCGAGGAGUCGGCCCUCGACAAGGACUGCUGCCUGGACCGGGAGCUGGACGACGAUGAUGAGGAGAAUGCCGUCAUGGAGGCGGAAGAGGAAGAGGAGGAGUAUGACAUGAACCGCUUUCUCAGUGCUCACCACCAAAACGCUGACGACGACAACAGUGAAAUGCUCUUCUCCGGCCUUGAAACUGAUCAGCUGGUCAGCUUUGGAGCGAGGAACAGCAGCAAAAACAGUUCAAACAAAGUGUUAAACAAGAAGGAGGAAGAUGAUUUUGACGACGACGACGACGAUGAUGAUGAUGACAAGUCACAGCUGGCGUCCUAUCUGGCCAACGUGGAGACGGUAAUGGACACCUGA